UGCGAAAUUUCUUGCGUCAGUUUUCCAUACAUGGAUAGCUCUGUAGCACUGGAGUUGAUUGGAAAUGGUGCCAAAGAGGCAAAUAUCAAAGUCUCCACACAGCGAAGAUCAGCCUCCAGGGGUGGCGGUGGCUGGAAUGCUGCCAUUUUCAUCAUCUUCGUCGAGGUAGCUGAGCGAUUUGCUUUCUACGGCAUCUCCGGCAACCUCAUCACCUACCUCACGAAAGAACUCCAUCAGCCCACAGCCACCGCAGUUAAGAAUGUCAACACCUGGGUUGGCGUCUCAACACUCUUCCCGGUGCUCGGAGCCUUCAUCGCGGACUCCUUUAUGGGUCGCUUCAAGACCAUCCUAAUCUCCUCCGUCACUUUUCUCUUGGGGACGGUUCUAUUGACUUUAUCGGUCUCGGUGAUCCCUUUGCAUUGUCGUGAAGCAUUGUUUUUUACAGCCCUUUACAUACUCUCCGUCGGCGAAGGCGGGCACAAGCCAUGCGUGCAAACCUUUGCUGCCGACCAGUUUUACGAGGACUCGCCGGAGAAGAGAAAGGAAAAGAGCUCGUUUUUCAACUGGUGGUAUUUGGGGAUAGUCGCUGCCGCCACUGCCGCCACACUGCUGCUAAUCUAUCUGCAGGACAAUAUUGGGUGGACUUUAGGGUUUGGAGUGUUGGUAGCUGUUUUGGGAGUGGCACUGGUAAUAUUCAUGCUGGGAAUCAACAGGUACCGGAAGGAGCUGGGUCCCGUGGGGAGCCCAUUCACCAGGGUGGUGCAAGUGUUUGUGGCGGCUACUCGAAAGUGGCGCUUGAAAAGGACGUCAUGUGAUGGUUGGGAUCAUGUGUUCUACAACCAAACAUGUGGGACUCACUUGGAUGGUGAUCAGCAAUAUAACACGCGAAUUAUCGCUCGGACUAAUCAAUUUAGGUUUUUGGACAAGGCAACAAUCAUAGACAACAUCGAUGCAUCCAGCAAAACCCUAAAUCCUUGGAGGCUAUGCUCCGUAGACCAAGUUGAAGAUGUAAAGCUCGUGCUCCGCCUCAUCCCCAUAUGGUUCAGCUGCAUAUUUUUCCACGUAGUCCAAACCCAAACCCACACCUACUUCACCAAGCAAGGCAGUACGAUGAUCAGGUCGAUCGGAAUAUCCCACUUUCAGAUUCCUCCGGCAUCACUUCAGGGCCUCACCGGCAUCACAAUCCUAAUCGUCGUUCCGAUCUAUGAGCGAGUUUUCGUCCCAAUCGCCAGAAAAUUUACGGGACACCCAUCGGGCAUUACUGUGCUACAAAGGAUAGGAGUUGGCCUAUUUCUAUCCAUUCUCAACAUGGUCGUGGCUGCUCUAGUGGAAGCCGAAAGGGUCAGCACUGCCAAAGAAAAUAACCUUUUGGAUAACCCGAAAGCAACAGUACCAAUGGCGAUCUGGUGGUUGCUCCCACAGUACACCAUCUGUGGUUUUUCCGAUGCAUUCACCGUCGUCGGACUCCAAGAACUGUUCUACGAUGAAAUGCCGGAGGCAAUGAGAAGCAUGGGAGCAGCAGCUUACAUUAGUUUGAUUGGAGUUGGAAGCUUUAUUACCAAUGUUAUCAUAUCUGUUGUGCAGGCAAUCAGCUCAAGGUAUGGCGAAAAAUGGCUUGGCGACAAUCUGAAUCGAGCAUACCUUGAUUAUUUCUACUGGGUGUUGGCAGGGUUGAGCGCUUUGAGUCUGUGUGUUUUUUUAUGGAAUGCCAUGCGCCUUGUCUAUAAAGAUGUUGAGGGGGGUAAAAAUAAGGUACCAAUGGGCCACAAGUUGAGACCGGAGGGCCAUGUUUGAUGUGUUUGACAUAUGGUACGUAGUGUUAAUUUACAUAUAAAAGCAAGCCAUAUUGCAGAUCGAGUA